GCCGAUCUCAUCCUGAAUUCCUGAGCAGUGACCACUAAACAAUGGCGGCGGCAGGCCCUAUAAAAGGCCAGCUCCUCGCCAUUUCAGAGCCACACCACCACCGAGCCUUCCUCCGGUCAACACUAGUAGGCUAGUGCCCUUGCUCCACUACCACUUGGUACUUUGCUCCUCUCCCAGCGGAGGCCAUGGCCUCGGCAGCUUCCAGUAGCUUCCGUCGCAGAGGCCACGCUCUGCUCUCGCUCCUGGCGCUGGCGCUCUGCAUGAGCUCGGCGCGGCGCUCCGUGGCCGCGGGGGCAGCCAGCCCAGCCAGCAGGAGGCUCAUGGAGCUGUACAGGCCGCCGGCCGGCGACAUGUUGCGGUACCACGACGGCGCCGUGCUGAGCGGCGACAUCCCCGUCUCCGUCCUCUGGUACGGCCGCUUCACGCCCGCGCAGAAGGCCGUCGUCACCGACUUUCUCCUCUCCCUCUCCACCGCGCCGUCGUCGUCCCCCGCCCCGUCGGUCGCACAGUGGUGGGGCAGCAUCAACCGGCUCUACCUCUCCAAGGCUGCCGCGGCGGCCGUCGGCAAGAACGGCGCCCGCGGCGGGGGCGGCGCCGGGAACGCGCGGGUGGUCCUGGCCGGGCAGGUAUCCGACGAGGCGUGCUCGCUGGGGAAGAGCCUGAAGAUGUCCCAGCUCCCGGCGCUCGCGGCGGCGGCGCGCCCCGCGAAGGCGGGCGGCAUCGCGCUGGUGCUCACGGCGCAGGACGUGGCGGUGGAGGGCUUCUGCAUGAGCCGGUGCGGGCACCACGGGUCGUACGGCGGCGGCUCCCGCGCGGCGUACGCGUGGGUGGGCAAUCCCGCGGACCAGUGCCCCGGGCAGUGCGCGUGGCCGUUCCACCAGCCGGCGUACGGGCCCCAGGCGCCGCCGCUGGUGCCGCCGAGCGGGGACGCCGGCAUGGACGGCGCGGUGAUCAGCGUGGCCAGCAUGGUGGCCGGCGCGGUGACCAACCCGUUCGGGGACGGGUUCUACCAGGGCGAGCGCGCCGCGCCGCUGGAGGCCGCCACGGCGUGCUCGGGCGUCUUCGGCAGGGGCGCCUACCCCGGGUACGCGGGGCAGCUGCUGGUGGACGCGGCGACGGGCGCCAGCUACAACGCGCACGGCGCGCGCGGGAGGAAGUACCUGCUCCCGGCGCUGUUCGACCCCGGCACGGGGGAGUGCGCCACCUUGGUGUGAGAGGAGCGCGCGCGCGGCGCCGUGGCUCGGCAGGCAUCCGUCUCGGCGGAUGUUACGGUGAUGGCGUGCUCGUGUGCCAGGGUGUGUAUACUAGUUUGCGACGGUCGAAAUGAUGGCGUGUUGUUAAGUACUCAAGUCUGAAAACCAACAGGAUGGUAAACUGUGUAAAAUGUGAAGUACUCUGUUCCAGGAAGUGCUUGUGUGUCAUCGUGACGUCGUUUUUUUGGGGAAUGGAAACAUGCACCGUGUAGCGGAAGCAGACCAGUUUAACAAA